ACGUUUCUUUCAGCAGCAGCAACAGUUAUUCAGCCACCUCGGUAGCUUGCUAGCCAAAAUAGCCGAACCCAUAAAGCUCUUUAGACGCUUUAGUGUAUAUUAGCCACUGUAUUUUAAACCCUCGUCUGUCGUCUGGUUAGUUAGUUAUCAUAUUUCAUUUCAUAUUUACAGUGUUGUUGUUAUUAUUCAGCUAGCGGGCUGGUUAAGUUAGCAUUAGCCUAGCUAGCUAACAUCUCCGACCAUGAGUUCACUAAAUUACUCUCUUCCUGCUGAAGAAGAGACGGUCUGCUGGACGGAGAAAGAAGCUCUCAUCAAAGAGGAGGAGGAAGAGAAGGAUGUUACAAUACAAAAACAAGUAGAGGGUGAGGCUGUUACCCUGAAAGAAGAAGAGAAAGACGUUUCAGUGAAAGAAGAGGAAGACGUUACAGUGAAAGAAGAGGCGUUCAGAGUGAAAGAGGAGGAGGGUGUUACAGUAAAAGAUGAGGAGGAUUCAGUUUUUGAAAUGAAAGCGGAGGAGGGGGAGAUUACGGUCUCAUCGGAAGAAGAGGAGGAGGAAACUGGAUAUCUGGGCCCGAUUUCCCAAACGCAAUUUAAGGCAUGCAGUGGUUCUAAAGAUGAACUUAGCCAUAAGAUGGUUUUGAGAAACCGGGCCGUGAUUACCACUGGAGAGAGACGGGACAGUCGUGGAUCCUCUGGGGAGCCUCAACAACAUCAUGAUGCUGACGAGGCAGAGAAGAGGCUCUCCAGAUCAGAACACAUCAAGAAACGCUCGCAGAGAUCCACAGGGAAGAAAUCUCACUGCUGCUCUGACUGUGGGAAGAGAUUCACCUCCUCAUCAGGCAUUCAAAUUCAUCAGAGAAUCCACACAGGAGAGAAACCUUAUAGUUGUGGUCAAUGUGGGAAGAGUUUUACUACAUCUGGCUCUCUGACUUUACACCAGAGAAUACACACAGAAGAGAAACCUUAUAGCUGUGAUCAAUGUGGGAAGAGUUUUACUACAUCUGGCUCUCUGACUUUACACCAAAUAACACACACAGGAGAGAAACCUUAUAGCUGUGAUCAAUGUGGGAAGAGUUUUACUAGAUUUGGCCAUCUGACAUUACACAAGAGAACACACACAGGAGAGAAACCUUAUGGCUGUGAUCAAUGUGGGAAGAGUUUUACUAGAUCUAGCUAUCUAACUAUACACCAGAGAAUACACACAGGAGAUAACCCUUAUGGCUGUGAGAAACCUUAUAGUUGUGAUCAAUGUGGGAAGAGUUUUACUAGAUCUAGCUAUCUAACUAUACACCAGAGAAUACACACAGGAGAUAACCCUUAUGGCUGUGGUCAAUGUGGGAAGAGUUUUACUAGAUCUGACUCUCUGACUUUACACCAAAGAACACACACAGGAGAGAAAUCUUAUAGCUGUGAUCAAUGUGGGAAGAGUUUUACUAGAUCUGACUCUCUGACUUUACACCAAAGAACACACACAGGAGAGAAACCUUAUAGCUGUGAUAAAUGUGGGAAGAGUUUUUGUCAAUCUAGUGAUCUGACAGUGCACCAGAGAAUACACACAGGAGAGAAACCUUAUAGCUGUGAUCAAUGUGGGAAAAGUUUUGUUCAAGCUGGCCAUCUGACUCAACACCAAAUAACACACACAGGAGAGAAACCUUAUAGCUGUGAUCAAUGUGGGAAGAGUUUUACUACAUCUGGCUCUCUGACUUUACACCAAAUAACACACACAGGAGAGAAACCUUAUAGCUGUGCUCAAUGUGGGAGGGGUUUUACUACAUCUCGCUAUCUGACAGUACACCAGAGAAAACACACAGGAGAGAAAUCUUAUAGCUGUGAUCAAUGUGGGAAGAGUUUUGUUCAAGCUUGCCAUCUGACUCAAUACCAGAGCACACACAUAGGAGAGAAAUCUCAUAGCUGUGACCAGAGAGAGAUACGGGACUAUCGUGGAUCCUCUGGGGAGCCUCAACAACAACAUGAUGCUGAAGAGGCAGAGAAGAGUCUCUCCACAUCAGAACACCUCAAGAAACACCAGUGGAGACCCACAGGGAGGAAAUCUCACUGCUGCUCUGACUGUGGGAAGAGAUUCACCUCAUUAGGCAUUAAAAUUCAUCAGAGAAUCCACACAAGAGAGAAACCUUAUAGCUGUGAUCAAUGUGGGAAGAGUUUCGGUCAAUCUGGAGCGCUGACAGUGCACCAGAGAAUACACACAGGAGAGAAACCUUAUAGUUGUGGUCAAUGUGGGAAGAGUUUUGGUCAAUCUUGCCAUCUGGUAUCACACCAGAGAAUACACACAGGAGAGAAACCUUAUAGCUGUGGUCAAUGUGGGAAGAGAUGUUCUACAUCUGGCAAUCUGACUAUACACCAGAGAAUACACACAGGAGAGAAACCUUAUAGCUGUGAACAAUGUGGGAAGAGUUUUGGUCAAUCUGGAGAGCUGACAGUGCACCAGAGAAUACACACAGGAGAGAAACCUUAUGGCUGUGAUCAAUGUGGGAAGAGUUUUGGUCAAUCUUGCCAUCUGGUAUCACACCAGAGAACACACACAGGAGAGAAAUCAUAUAGCUGUGAUCAAUGUGGGAAGAGUUUUGUUCGAUCUGGCCAUCUGGUAUCACACCAGAGAAUACACACAGGAGAGAAACCUUAUAGCUGUGGUCAAUGUGGGAAGAGUUUUUCUUCUUCAGGCUAUCUAACUAUACACCAGAGAAUACACACAGGAGAGAAACCUUAUAGCUGUCGUCAAUGUGGGAAGAGUUUUUCUUCUUCAGGCUAUCUAACUAUACACCAGAGAACACACACAGGAGAGAAAUCUUAUAGCUGUGGUCAAUGUGGGAAGAGUUUUAGUCAAUCUGGAGAUCUGACAGUGCACCAGAGAACACACACAGGAGAGAAACCUCUUAGUUGUGACCAGAGAUAAUCUGAUAAAAGAUCUCUGAUCAAAUAUCAGAAAAUUUAUGAAGGAGUUGUGUCAUGAUAUCAAUGAAUUAAUGUCACAAUGUAGAAUGUUUUAACAUUGUAG